AUGCCUUCCUUUAACCCUUCAAGUCUCCUUUGCUGUUGCAAGUUCCCAAAGCGCCGUAAGCAGAAUUCGAAAUCCACUACAAACGAUGCAGCUCUCCAGCCAAUCCCUGCUCUGCCCCCUCCUACUGAGGAAGAACAUCAAGAAUCCGUUAAGAAGAAUCGACAGUCCCUCAUAGGCUUGCCGGACACGGCUUGGGCAAUGCCAGUACGCAAUAGUUCUUUCGAGAGCGGCUCUAUCAUACGUCAGCAUGUGGAUGACGACGAUUCUGAUUCGGAUCAAGAUCGAGCACAAUCAACAAAGAAGCCCAGCACUGCCUUUGAUACUGUGCGCAAUAAGCUCAUUCGUAGCAUCUCACAUAACAACAAUAGCGAUCACCCAUCUCAUGUCUCCAUUGGGAACAGUGAAGAGGAGAUUGCACGCAGAGCCGAAUUGAAGCGCAUCAUGCACCAAAGGAUUCAGGAUGAGCUCAAGUCAGAUGAGUCAGAUGAUCACAUUGAGAGUAAACCCACGAACAGCAUCCGAUGUAUGGCUUCAGUCGUUGAUGUGACCUUACCUAAUUCUGGACCCCGAGAUGCUAUUGAAUUCGGCGUUAGCAAGUCUUCUUCUCGCAAUGGACAAUCUGCUCAAAUCGACUCAGAUCAGGCCGACCAGGAUACUUGUCGAAACAGUCGAGUUUCCCAACAAGGUGCAAACAGGUCAGAAAGCGCAUCUUCACGGACGUCAGAGUUCAUUAACGGCGAUAAUGAUUGGAGAAAAGAUGACAUGCAUUCAAGUCCCUCUCCUCCUUACCCCCGAAGGCACGUUUCAGCGAGCGAAGACGUUGACUUCACACAUUCUCAGAAGUCUUUCCAGCUGUCCAACGGCGCUGGGCGUCUCGACCGUAUUCUGGGACCAGAUAGCAGUUUCAACAGCCGCCACGCUUCUUCGGGAGAUGGGCACUCUGCUCUUGGCGUAUGGCUCAUAGCCCAGGGCCUCCGCUCAAGAGACAACUCAACCCUUUUCCUUGACGAAGAAGACGAACUAGCACCCACUGAAGAAACUAAGCUAACUGAUCAAAACACUUAUUUAUUGAGUCAGGAGGAGGGGGACCAGACCCAAGAGCUUCGAGAGACGUCAGCAAAUGCAAAUCCGCAUAUACCCCUUGAAACAACUAUUAUUAACACACCCAAUACGGGGAAAACCUACUCUCGGUCUAAUUUAAAUGUACACAAUGAUCGCCACGAAAUAUCAGGCUUAUCCGGAGAGCCGCCAUGGGGUCCUACUGUAACAGCCCUUCUCAAUUCAUUUACCGACCACACCUCUUCAAGUGACCCAUCAAAGUCACAGCCUAGUCCAAUGCGAUCUCAGCAGAAUCUUUACAAACUUGACCCCAAGGACCUGGAGAGUAUGGAGCUAUCUCCGUUCAAAUGGCGAACCCAUACUUCUUCUCAAGACCAAGAAAAUGCCAACGACCAGAACUCCAAGAGUUUGAAUAUCAGCGUUUCCCAGACAAGAUCUCAUUCCUAUGAAAACAUUCUCAAUAUUGAAUUUCCAGUGCAGGUUCCACAAGACACGACCUCCUUAGCUCAAUCAGAAUCUGCCAGCUUCCUUCAACGUGAGGCUGAGCUCGGGUCCAUCAGGCGACGUUUCAGUGAAGCAUUGGCACUGAGGAAACCAGAAAAAAUAGUGGUUACACGAUUCCGUGAGGAGUUCUCCGAAUCUUCGCUGUCACCAGCUGCCCAAAAGUCUUUCAGAAGCAAAAUCCAGCUGGCAAUUCCGAGUCACCUUAGGGCGAAAUCUGAGGGCAUUGACCUCCGACACCAAGAGGGCACCUCUGGCCUACCCAAGGGGCAAAAUUACCUGCUUGUCCCUGUGGAAAGAUUGGGAGGGCACGAAAGAGAAGCGAGUGACAGGUUAAAGGGUCGUUCGAAUUUGAGCAUUCGACCUCACAUGAGUCGACUGCCAACCGAGGAGUAUCAGAAGCCAAUAUUAGAGCGCCGAGAGAGCGCAACAGACCUGUGGCAACGGGCCAUCAGACUUGAAGCUGAGGGAAGACACAGCAGCAGUAUUCAUUUAAGUACACCAAGGCCAGACCAAAGAAGUCAGGCCUCCAACAGGUCACUAAACGAGAUAGGAGCAGCUAGAAAUAGCGCCAGAAGUGUCUCGGACACGAGACGAGAGGUCUCUCAGCUAACUCCCACAACGGAUGAGCUGUCUUCGCCGGGUAACUCAAAGUGGCUCAUUGAGCGCUGGGUUGCCACAAUGCGACCCAGGAUAGGGGAAUCAGCAGGAGAUAUGAGGUCAGCACGACUCACGGGACCUCCAAAGUCUUGGUCCAGAUUCCCGUCCCAUAAUAGAGAGGAAAGAAACAAGAAUGCGACAGAUAGAGACCGAGUGCACCCCAGAGAUUUUGCGGUCAAACAUAUGACAUCUGAAGGCCAGAUUAGAUGGGCUACAGAUGUGCCCAUUGGUGAGGCAAAGCAGCGUGCACGUACUCUGCCACGGACCUUUUCAACCAAAUUUGGUGACUUGGCCAAGUCAAAGAUGGGACGGGUUAUCUCAUCCAAAGGUAUACGACACCGUGUAAGUCAAGAUCAUUUCACAAGACAUGCUGCCUUAAGUUCAGCUCGUAUGGAAUACCCCGAAAUGGGGAUUCGACCUUCAGAAUCUGGAUACACCGAGCUUCAAGCACUGGGAAGAGAGAUCAGCAACAUGAAGGGGGAGCCUUACCGGCAGAUCCCGGAGAGGGAGCUAUCGAAGCCACAGUCUUCCAGGAGCUUGGGCGAUAGAGUUGUUGCUUUAAUGCACGAAGCUAUUGGGCAACGACACUCGAAAUAUGACGACGCUACCGAAGUCGCCGAGUGCACAACAGUUCCUCUUACCCCAAGCGUGGUCAGGGAGAGCAUUGCCGCAACAGAUGUAUUCGUCACGCCGAGGAGCCGAUUUUCGAAUGACGCCAUGGAUGGAGAAGCAAAGAAUGGAACAGAAGCGGAUUCCAAUAAGGUGAAAGACCAGAAGACACAAGUGACGCUACCUGAGAGUGCCGGCGACGCUCCCCCGAGCAACUUCUCAACCAAUAUCAAAGACGUUGGAUCCCACCACACACAACUUUCGACGGCCGAAAAGGGCUCGACUUAA